AUGUCAGCAGCGCCGUCAAACCCGCAGGAAGCCCAGGCGAAGCACGACGCCGAAUCCAGCGUCAAACGCAACCCGCACGGCGACUUUGGCAAAGUGCAAGCCUCACGGCCGGACUGGGACGAGUCUCACACGUGGCGGUACACCAAGACGCGCAAUCCAGAGUGGACGUAUGGUUCUGGGUCAUCAUCAUCCACCACUUCCACGCCUGAGAACCUGCAACACAUCAGCAUCGACCCGUACGCGCCCGACCGACAGCCAGUGCAAAACUACAAGCUCCUGAUCAGCGGCAUCAUCCCGCGGCCGGUGGGCUUCCUCUCGACACGAUCCAAAGACGGCACAUCCACGAACCUAGCCCCGUUCUCGUACACACAGCUCUUCAACCACGACCCGCCCAUCUUCUGCGUGGGGUUUUCGGGAGGGUUCGACAAUGCCAAAGACUCGCUCAAGAACCUGGUCGAGAGCCGCGAGUGCGUCAUCAACAUCAUCUCCGAGGACUUUGUCGAGGCCGCCAACGCCUGCGCCAUCGAUCUGCCGUAUGGACUGUCCGAGUGGAGCGUGUCCGGACUGACACCCGCGCAGUGCGAGGUCGUCAAAUGCUCGCGGGUCAAGGAGAGCGUCUUUAGCGUCGAGGGCAAGCUACUGUCGACGCAAGAAUUCGAAUCGCGCUCCCCCAAGACACCUGGCAAGAAAACAGGUGUGCUCGCCAUCAUUGAAGGCGUGAGGUUCUGGGUCCGUGAAGACGCCAUCAACGAGGACCGCACACUGAUCGAUCCGGCCAUCCUAAGACCCGUGGGCAGACUCGGUGGCAUCACCUACGCCAGAGUGGUGGACGGGUUUGAGCUUCCCAGGCCGGUCUUGCAGGAGGAGAAGGACAAGGGCAAGCUCGACGAAGGGCUGCUCAGGGAGAAAGUAGACGGCCAGUGA